AUGUCUACUCGCCGUCUCCUCAUCUUCCAGGAAACGCGCAAUCCUGCAAACACUGCGGAGAUCGUCUACCUCCCCGUUAAUAAACUCGGAUUACCUAUUUGUGGCGAUGGACCUGAGUUGCCUUCUAUUUUGGAGCUUCCAUUGCGCAUCAUGAAGGCAUUUACGGAGAUUUUUAAUCAACCCAAGUUCAAGGGAUGGGCUGUUCUUUCUGCUGGCCCUUACCAUGAUACAUCGGAAGAAGGGAAAUUCUAUGCUGUUGUUCUGGAACAGAUACAGUCGCAGCAUACACAUGCAGAAUCCCAGGAUUCGGUAUCAAAGUUUUCUCAUUCAUGA